UUAUUCAGCCUGAAUGCUUUAAGUUAUCCAACCACAUCACUGAAUAUGCCUCCAUGGCCUCAAGGAAACCUGUAUGAUUCAGACCUUGAUGCAACAUGGAUGCCUGGUGGGCUCUGCGUGGGACCCAAUUCCAUCUACGCAUUUAAUUUAGUACUAUCGAAAUUAAACUGACACAAGUACAAUUUGCAAACUACGAAGAAAGCGGGAACCUGGAGGAGAAAACAACCCGUGCACCUAAUUAAUUACUGUUUGAAUAGUCGUUCUUUGCAAGAAAUGGUAAUUUGGUUACAUGCUGACUUGGGUUGUGGGAGUCUUAUUUGCAUUCUUAUUCUCUGCCCCUGAUUUUCAGCGGAAGAGCUCUAAUGGAGAUGGAAAUAGAAGAAGCCACCGUUGCACCUGCAAUAGGCGUAGCAGUGGCCGUUAGCAAAGAUACUAACAGCAAACAUGCAGUAAGGUGGGCAUUGGACAAGUAUAUGUCCCCGGGUCAAUCUUUGAUGCUCAUUCAUGUCAGAGCACGUGUUCUUAGAAUUCCUACACCAAUGGGAAACUAUGUACCAAUCUCCCAGGUAUGCGAAGAUGCAGUUGCUGGUUAUAUGCAAGGGGUGGAAGCACAAACAAAAGAAAUGUUGUUGCCGUAUGAACAGCUGUGCAGAAGGAGACAGGUGCAAACAAAGAUUGUGGUUGUAGAAGAGGAUGAUGUAGCCUUGGCUAUUGUUCAGCAGAUCUCAAACUUAAGCAUCAGCAAACUUGUGAUAGGAGCGUCUUCUCGUAAUGCAAUCACAAGGAGAUUCAAGGGUGUUGAUGUGCCAGCCAGUGUAGCAAAGAGUGCCUCAAAUUUCUGUACUGUAUAUGUCAUAUCAAAAGGCAAGCUCACUUCAGUUCGCUCAGCUUCUUCCACAUUAUUCACAACUGGCAGCUCAGUCUCGUCCACUUUAUUCACAACUGGCAGCACCGAAGAUGCUUACAGUGUUUCCAGCUUUUGCUCAGAUAUAAGCUCUAGCAAUUCUCCAGGAGUAACCGAGUCAACAUCAGAAGAUUCAACUUGGUUUAGCUGUCUUUCUCUACCUUCACAGAGAAAUCAGGCUCUUUCAAACAUAAACCGAACUGUGAAACGCAGCAUAUCAAAUCUGGCAUAUGCAGACUCAAGUACAAGUGGUUCCAGAUACAGUUCAACUUCCUUUAGAAGCCAGAUCUUUGGCACUCAGGAGGAAAAUGAAGUUAUUAGAAGUGGAAGUUCAUCCCGGUCAACAAGCUCAGAAGUCAACUAUGAAGGUACCAGUACACCCAACUCAGAAGAAAGAGGAUCACCUAUUGGUAACAUAGCACUACGAGGAUUUCCAUUUAUUCAAGAAGUUACACCAUCCAUUAUCAAUGCAAUUCCAUCUACACAAAAUCGUGGCCUUUUUGAGACCACAAACAGAAACCAAUAUAUCUGGGACACUCCAUCAAGUAUAGAUGGUCUAGUUGGAACUUCACAAGCAGAAACUAAUAUCUAUGAUCGUCUCAACGAAAUUAAUGAAAUUGAGAAUAUAAAUAGUGAAAGCAGAAUGCAAGAAGAGGGAAGCUCCUCAGAGUUCAAAAUGACAUCUACAUCAAAUAUCCAAAUGAAGGAAUCCUUCUCACAGGACCAGCAAAAUAUAAUGUUUGAACUAGAAAAAUUGAAGCUUGAGCUCAAACAUACUCUAGGCAUGUAUAAUUUGGCCCGGCAAGAAGCAAUUGAUGCGAGAAUCAAAGCCAAUGAACUGAAUCUCCAAAGAAUACUGGAGGCAAGGAUACUUGAGGUAGCUAAGGCAAGAGAAGAGCAAGCAAGAGCAAUUGCUACAAGAGAGAAGGCAAAGAGUGAAGUAGCCAUAAGGCAGGCAGAGGAAUCAAGACAACUUGCAGAAAGAGAGACUCUGAAUAGAAAAGAUGCAGAAUUGAGAGCCAUAAGAGAACUAGAGGAGAGAAAGAAAGCUGAGGAAGCACUUGCAUCUGCCCAUUACAAAUACAGAAAAUACUCUAUACAAGAAAUCCACGAUGCCACAGACUUUUUGUCUGAAUCACUCAAAAUAGGUGAGGGAGGUUAUGGUGCUGUCUACAAGUGCAAAUUGCAACAUACAACAGCAGCUGUCAAAGUUCUACGACCUGAAGCAACUGAAGGGAUACAGCAAUUUCAACAGGAGGUUGAGGUUCUGAGCCGAAUCCGCCAUCCUCACAUGGUAUUAUUGCUUGGAGCUUGUCCUGAGCAUGGGUGUUUAGUGUAUGAAUACAUGGCAAAUGGCAGUUUGGAAGACCGUCUGUCAUGCAAAGGUAACACUCAUCCUCUUCCAUGGUUUGUGCGCUUCAGAAUUGCUUGGGAAGUUGCAUCUGCAUUGCUCUUUCUUCACAGUUCCAAGCCGAAACCAAUUGUUCAUCGCGAUUUGAAGCCUGCUAAUAUCUUACUUGACUGCAAUUUGGUGAGCAAGAUUGGUGAUGUGGGUCUGGCCAGGCUUGUGCCUGUGAAGGCAACCACCACAGUAACAGAGUACAAGGAUACAGUCCCUGCAGGCACUUUUUGUUAUAUGGAUCCUGAGUACCAAAGAACUGGCACUCUUGGGCCUGGAUCUGAUGUGUAUGCUCUAGGCAUUACGCUUCUGCAAUUGUUAACGGCAAAAUCACCUAUGGCUAUUACACAUAUAGUUGAAACAGCUAUUGAGGCGAAGUGUUUUGAAGGAAUUAUAGAUAAGAAUGCUGGGGAUUGGCCCACAGAGGAGGCAUUAUGUUUGGCACAGUUAGGAUUGAAAUGUGCAGAGUUACGGCGUAGGGAUAGACCAGACCUGGAAAAAGAUAUUAUGCCAGAACUAGAGAGGCUUAAAGCCCUUGCUGAUGCAACAUUUCAUGUCAGGGAGGGAAUUGAUAUCUUGCCACCAAGUCAUUUCCUUUGUCCUAUUCUUCAGGAAGUGAUGGAAGAUCCCUAUGUAGCAUCAGAUGGCUUUACUUAUGAGCACAGAGCCAUCCAGACUUGGCUGGAGAGCAACAACACAUCCCCCAUGACAAAUCUGCCAAUGGCUCAUAAGAACCUAAUUCCAAACCAUACACUUCGCUCUGCAAUCCUUGAUUGGUUACAUAAAUAGGUCUCAUUAGCAUAGCUUAUGGUCUUUAUUGAUGAGAUUUCUGUCAUUGAAACCUGCUUGUUUUAUGUGAGAGUAUAUUUUACAAAAACUGGCAUACAUAGAAAUUAAAGUAUGCAUGCAUGUAUAAUGGCACAUGUAUUCCUUUAAAUGAGAUAAUUGAAUUGAAUUGCUUCUGUAAAAUAACCAAAUUGUAUACAUAUGUAACAUAGAUAAACACAGUUUUAUUGAAUGGUGUCAUGUGUUCUUUCAA